CAGCGCGGAGGUCGUGGGCUCCACCAGUGACGAAGCCACUGGAGUUUUGACGUGGCUGCUACGUACCUGCCUAUUUGCCCACUCCGAUUGCAGCAAAGUUGGUGACGAGAAAUACGUAACUGGUAAGUACCCAGCUGGAGAAUAAUAACAACCGGACAUGGACCACUGCGCUUAUGGUACAUAGAAAAUGUUACCGAAACUACUAGCAUUUGAUUUCAUGAUCCCAGUACAAUCAAUUUUACGUCUGCUAUGGAAUAUGCCGUAAAAUAUGGCGCCUUAAGGAAGAUGUACGAAUUUCUCGAAAAGGGCAAUGGGGGUUACGUGACAAUUCUGACAUCUCUUUUCAUCGCUAACCAACACAUCGUAAUAUUAAUCGAUCUGCUUAUGUAAAUGACGCAGUAACACCGCCGAUCGCUGACUGGCGGGAAAUUUAAAACUUUUGCACUUUAAUGGAUAACUCCAAUUUUGAGUUGAAUAUGUUUUCAAAUCCUCGAUACCACUUGUUCUGAUGAUGUUUAUCUUUAGUCUGGAAGUCAAUUCGUGAUACUUCAAGGUUUGAUAUUCCCAGGCUAUGGAAAGUAUGGUUGAGGAAAAUGGAUCAGCUGUUGACCCAUUGUCUGCAGGUUCUCAAAGCGGCGAUGCAGCACCAGCAAUAGCAACAUCGGUACAAUCUCUCAAUAGAACACAGCAGCAAACUCAUCAUCUGGUAGCUUCUACCAGCAUUGUGCAACUGACACUACCUACGUCAGGAACAACACAGGUACAAUCUGUUAUACAACCUAAUCAACAAUCAGUAAUUCAGACUGCAACAAAUAUUCAACCUGUUGCUAUUUCAAAAGGAAAUGUCAUUCUUGUCAGUAAACCCAACUCCGUUAUACAAACAGCUCAAGCAAGUUUACAAACACUUCAGGUGGUUGAGACUGGUAGCGAUGAUAGUUUCUCAGAUUCAGAAGAAUCUCCAGAACAAAGAGGAGGUAUUCUUACCAGACGACCAUCAUAUAAAAAAAUUCUUAAUGACUUAGGUGGUGGUGAAAUUACUGACGGUCGAUUGCCCCCUCUAGAAUCAUCUUCUGAGUGUGAUUCUAACGUGGACAGUGAAGUGUCUUCCCAUUCGCUUCAUUAUCAGACAGUAAUUCCUGCUGGUACCAUUCAAAUUGCAACCCAAGGAGAAGGUGUUCCUGGACUUCAUACAUUAACUAUGAGUAAUGCAGCAACAGCAGGUGGAGCUAUAGUACAGUAUGCACAAGGUCAAGAUACACAAUUUUUUGUUCCAGGACAUGGUGUUGUAGUAGAAGAUGCAGCUAGAAAAAGAGAAUUGAGGUUGCUCAAAAAUAGACAAGCAGCCCGCGAGUGUAGAAGGAAAAAGAAAGAGUAUAUAAAGUGUUUAGAAAAUCGUGUUGCAAUACUGGAAAAUAGAAAUCAGACGUUAAUAGAAGAACUCAAAUCAUUAAAACAACUAUGCGAACCGAAAACUGACUGAGGUUGGUGUUUAAUGUUGAAACAUUGUAUGAAAACUAUUAACUUGCUAAAAAAAAUUGUACAUGUCUUCUUUGUGUACAUUAUCUUAAAAGUUGUUAAGUAAGCAAUGGUGAUGUACAUGCAUUCUUAUAAAUAAGUGUUUCUGUAACAUACUGUAUUUAAAAUGCGAAUAUAAAGGCUUGUGAAACUUGCUAUUACUAAAGCGAGAAGCCAAAGGUAUAUGAGAUGCAAAGAUAGCAAACUUAUAGGCAAUAUUCUGGAAGUCAAUCUAUAUUUUGGAUAACAAUCAUAUAAAUUUAGGUUAUUAAUGAUUACAUAUUCAAAAUAUGUUGAUAACGAGAUAAUAACAUUAGUAUUUGAAGCAUAUUCAUUUAUAUUACAGUAACUAUGUGAUGUCAAAUGAUAUAUUUGAAACUUUCAAUUAUACAUAAAUAUUAUAUUCUUAUGUUUGAUUCUAUUUGAAAAAAUUUUACAUUAGUAAAAAAUGAAGAGCAUUACAAAAAAAUGAGGAGAGUGUAUUUAGUAAUCAAUUUAAUAUAAAUAAUUGGUCACUAAAAAUACACAUAUUUGAGAGAAACGCCUUAUACACAAUAUUUGCUAGUAUAAUUAGAAAUUAGAUACAGUUAUAAAUUAAGAUCACAUAGUUUCUGCAUAAAAGAAACAUAGUUGUUAGAUAACAAUGUCUAUAUAAUUUUUUUCCAAUUUCUUUAUUCUUUUAUACUUGAAAAAAGUAGAUCCAUUGAAAAAAUGAAUCUAUUAGAAGUAUUUGAGGCAUAAAUAAAGAGAUUAGAGAUAAUUGUAAAAAGAUAAAUAGAUCGAAAUUCUACUACUUUGAUCAUUGCUGCUGCGACAUGUAUAUGUAUAAAAUAUUAUCUCAAUAUAAUUUUUUACUUUAAAUACGAACUUCAGAAACAUAUUAUGAAAAAAAUGUAACUUAUAUAAUGUAGAAAAGCACUAGUUAAAAUAUUUUCAUUUGAUUUUAUUUUCUAUUUUAAGACGCCUUAAGUGCGAAAAACAAGAAUUUGUAAAAUAUAAAUGUAAUAUAUAUAGAUAUAUAUAUAUAUAUACACAUAUAUAUAUAUAUCUGGAGUGCCUUGAAGAUUUCUGUAUACAUAUGGUAUACAAAUAAACAUGCGCAAGUGCGCUCAUACAUAUGCAUACCUAAGUAUGUGUCAAAUUACAUAUUUUAAGUAAAUAUGGGUACAUGCAAUAUUUUUAAAUCACAUAUUAUGUUAUAGUUUUAUGUUCUGCGUAAAAAUCGUACAGUUAUGUUAAAAUUAAAAUUUCUAUUCUAAUAUAUCUCUAUAUCUUUUGGAAUUAAAUAAAAUCUUUAAAUUACUAGUAUAAAUUAUAUAUUCUAAAUUACAUACAGAUAUAAUUGAAUCUAAAUCAUGUUACAUGUAGAAAACAAAAUUACAAUCAAAUAAUUUAUAUAUUAUGAUUUUUAACAUCAUGAACAAGAAAUUAUUUUUUAAUGUCUGACACAUAUUUAAAAAAAUUAUUUGUCUAAUGCAUUUUUUCUUCAUAAAAUCAAUGUUAUAUAACAUAAGUAUAAAACUAUUUGAUGUAUAAUUUUGAUUGUUAUAUAUUUAUAAAAAAAAUACAGAUUUGAAUAUUGAAAAUCCAGUUUGAUCAUUCGAUAAUUUAAAAUAAUUAUUUAAUAAGUUUAUUAGUGCAUAAUUUGAACAUUAUUUGAAGAAAUGAUAUUUUUUUUUAUAAAAUGUUAAAAUAUAUUGUUAUUUGUAAAAUUAUUUAUAUAAAAGUAUAAUAAUAGUAAUAACUAUAUACUUAUAUAAUUUAUAUAUAUUAAUUUUUAAAAUAUAUAUCAAUAAUAUAUAUUUUUUUUAACAAAAUUAAAAUAAAUUUUAUGAUCAGACUGGAAAAUUUUUUUGUAUAGGCACAAUGCAUAAGUUCUCAAAUUAUUUGCUGUUAAACUUUCACUUUGAUAAUA